GGCCUGGAUGUUCAUCAGUUGGGUAUGGGGAAGCAGAGGAGGUAGGCCCUUUCUUCCCUCUGAAAGGCAAACCAGAGCUCAAAUUCAACAAUCACACAUGGAAUAAAGCGGCCAACUUGUUGUUUGUGGAGUCCCCUGUUGGUGUUGGAUUUUCUUACACAAAUACUACUAGUGAUAUCGAGGAGCUUGGUGACACCAUCGCAGCCCAGGAUUCACACACAUUUCUAGUUAACUGGUUUCGGAGGUUCCCACAUUUCAAGUCCCAUGACUUCUACAUUGCUGGGGAAAGUUAUGCAGGACACUAUGUUCCCCAGCUAGCAGAGCUUAUAUUUGAUAAGAAUAAAAAUGUCACACAGGAUGACUACAUAAAUCUCAAAGGAUUCAUGAUUGGGAAUGCAUUGUUGGACGACGAAACAGAUCAGGCCGGGAUGAUAGAUUAUGCAUGGGAUCAUGCGGUGAUAUCCGAUCGUGUGUACAAGGAUAUAAAGAGUCGCUGCAACUUCAGCAAUGAGCAUCUAUCCGAUGAAUGCAACCAGGCCCUCAACCGGUACUUUGAUGUUUACAAGAUCAUAGACAUGUACAGUUUGUAUUCUCCAACCUGUAUCGAUAGUAACUUCAGCAGCACCAGACAACUUCCUAUGAUCCGGGGCAUUGCUCCUCAAUUAUUAUCCAAAAUUGAUGGUUGGCACAAGAAGCCAACUGGUUUUGAUCCUUGUGCGUCGGACUAUACGGAGGUCUAUAUGAAUAGGCCAGAUGUUCAGGAAGCACUUCAUGCCAAUGUUACCAAAAUUUCCUAUCCAUGGACUCACUGCAGUGACAAUAUCUCAUUUUGGGAAGACGCACCGGCAUCAAUACUCCCAAUCAUCAAGAAGCUUAUAGACGGUGGCCUCCGUAUAUGGGUUUAUAGUGGAGAUACUGAUGGAAGAAUACCAGUAACGGCAACAAGAUACACAUUACGAAAGCUCGGUUUAAACACCGUUCAAGAGUGGUCACCUUGGUACACUACCAAUCAACAGGUUGGCGGGUGGACAAUUCAGUAUGAAGGGUUGGUGUUUGUGACAGUCAGAGGAGCAGGCCAUCAAGUUCCAACUUUUAAGCCCGCCCAAGCCCUCCAACUAAUUAGGCAUUUUUUGGCCAAUAAGACAUUGCCUUCGGAGCCUUUUUAA